GACCGAAGUGCUCUUGUCUCCAGGGCUCGCGAUAACUUCAGGACAAUGGCGUUAAAUUUGGAGAAACAACUUCUAUUUUAUGGAUCAUAUCACCACGAUUCGGUCAAUGUCGGCAUUCACAUCAUAUUCGUGCCUGUCCUCCUUUUGACCGGCUUCCUAUUCGCUACCAACACGCCAGCAAUACCACUUCCAGACUGGGCAGAAAUACCCUACCUCCCACUCAAUCUCGGGACCUUAGCAUGCGUGAUGUAUAGCUCAUUAUACAUCUUAAUGGAACCCGUGGCCGGAGCCAUGCUCGCUCCUCUUUUGCUUGCCGGCACAGCCUACGCAAACCACUUGACAUCCACCUACGGAAUGACCGCCAACUACGCCGCGAUCGCCGUCCACGUGGCCUCCUGGAUCUUCCAGUUUGUCGGCCACCUUGCCUUUGAAGGCCGAGCCCCAGCGCUUCUCGACAACUUGGUGCAGGCUCUCUUCCUUGCACCUUUCUUCGUCUGGCUGGAGAUCCUGUUUGUUUUCGGCUAUCGCCCAGAGCUGAAGGCUCGUCUGGACAAGGCGGUUCAGUCCGAGAUUGGGAAGUUCAAGGCUGACAAGGAAGCCAAGCGAUUGAACGGCAGCGUGAAAUCGAAUGGAUCUGCCAACUGCCAUGCGAAAUGACGAGAGUGAAGUGCAGUUCAACGCGUUGGUACACGCGCUGAGUCCUGAUGAUUUUGAUGAAGAUUACUUUGAAGCGUUCCGCGGCAUAGAUUUGGGCAGGGGACAGGUUUGCGGGAUGACUGCGGAUAUGAUGGAAGUUGAAAGCCUAGCACUUGUACAGAUUGUUGCUUCACAG